UGGAUGGCCAUGUGGCAUGAGAGGAACGCAAGCUGGCUGCGGCCAGGAACACUCGGCAACGGGAGAGCUUACGCUAACGAAGGUUGUGUGAUCUCGGCGGAAAGAGAAAUUAUUACAACAUAGCACAAGGACCUAUCCUCCUAUGGAUGUCGUCUACAGGGACGACUCUGACUGUGAGGAGGGGUGUUGGUUGAAAUUCCUCUAGCAGCAGGGGGAUAACAUCCGUCGCAUCCUGUCUGUGUGUGGAUGUUGGCCGAUAGAGAGAGAACGCGAACAUCUCGGUGUACGAAUGGAUAACAUUUAGUUACGAGUUUUUGCUUGCGAUUGACGCGCGCGCCAUUAUCAUGCAUACGUGAGCGCAAAAUUUUCACAAUUUUCCACAAAGUUAAAAUAACAUUUUCAUUUUUAUCCCGAACGCCGACGUGCGACGUGGUGUGUCUUCCGGAAGAAGCGAGAGCUCCGGUUAGUCUCUUGAAGUCAGUCCGACGUGCGAUACUAAAAGGAUAUACGACGUGCGCGUUCAGUGCGACUUUGAUCACUAUUGUGGAAGGACUUUUACGAACUGGAUUCUAGCAUGGGAUCUAAUCCAAAGUGUAUCAGUGUUUCAAAAGAAAAAUUAUCCUGAAAUAACAAUACUGGAACAAAUUUCAAGAGAAGUGAAUAUAAGUGAAAAAUGCUCCCCUCGAUUUCACCUCUUUCGUCGUCUUCCCCAUUGGAUUUAAGGCCAGUUCUAGGAGGGACAAUUAUCUCAUCUAUGCACCAGCACAGUACAUCACACGAGUCCAGUCUCAGAGUCCACAGCCCACCCGGUGGCAGCAGUCUGAGCCAUCCCCAUUCGCAUCAUCAGUUGCACCAUCCUCAGCAUCAACAUCAUCAUCCCCAUCAUCAACAUCAAACCCCUUCGAGCGGAAAUGGCAACAGUGGCACUAACCAUAACAGUUCCAGCAGUGCAGGUCCCAUCAGCAAUAUCUCCAACAGUAGUUCCAGCAGCAAUCACCGACAGGAUACCGCCAGCGACGGCGAAACCAGCAGUGGAGAUGGUGUUACCGCAAAUGAAAGUAGCGGAAACGGAAACUCGAAAUCAUCGCGGACGCAGCAGGCUCUGGUGAAGCCACCGUACUCGUACAUUGCGCUCAUCACGAUGGCGAUACUGCAAUCGCCGCAGAAGAAACUCACGCUCAGUGGAAUAUGUGAAUUUAUCAUGAGCAGAUUCCCCUACUACAAGGACAAAUUCCCCGCCUGGCAAAACUCCAUCCGGCACAACCUGAGCCUGAACGACUGCUUCAUCAAGAUACCCCGCGAACCGGGCAAUCCCGGCAAGGGCAACUUCUGGACCCUGGACCCACUGGCGGAGGACAUGUUCGACAACGGUAGCUUCCUGCGAAGACGAAAACGCUACAAACGAACCACCAUCCCGCCGGGAAUGAGCUUCCCGGCUGUGUUCAACCCGUUCGCGCCGUUUUGGAUUCGGAAACCGGUGCCGGUGAUACCGAUGCAGUUUCCGCCGCAUGGCAGCUUGGGUGGGUUCGGCGAUGGGCUGGGGAUACCGGGCAGGGGAGAUUUCAUGCUGGACAGUAAGUUGAAUUUGUUCGGGGGUAAAAUGGAAGACUUGAACGUGGCAGUGAUGGAGAAUAGUGAGUUCCUGGCGCGCAAUUCCGACAGCAUGAAGAUUACGAAUGCGAUGAAGUUUUUCCACGGGUACAACAGUGAAGGUGGUGGGGGACCGAGUGGUUCUUACGAAGACAGUGUGAACGGACUGCAGUGCAAUAAUAAUAAUAAUAACAAUAGUUCAAUUAGCAGAGACAGUAGUGGUUACAUUACGAAGACCAACAAUCACGUUCCUAUGGGUAGUGCAGACGAACGAUAUCCGUCUUCUUCGGCGUUGAGUCGAGGAGGUCUGUCUCCGACGGCCGUCGGGAAUAGAGACAAUAGCAGUCCUUACGAUGUGGAUCUUUCGAAUGAUGAUAAGAUUGACGUGGAAAGUGAUGAUGACUACAAAUCCAUAAGUAAAAGCUUCGACCAUGAGUCGGUUCAACGUGAAUCUUUUCUGGAUCAAAAUGGCCGCUACACUCCGACGGAAAAGGACUCUAUCAAGGAUUUUGAGACUAUAGGUCCAACGGGAAAGCCUCCCCACCACGAACCGGAAGAUUAUGGUUGCGAAGACGACGAAGAUCAUUCCGAUAAGCACAGUAACGCCUCGCAAGAUCAUCAUUUGGAUAAGUCACAAAAAUCGUUCUACAUGAAUCCCUACGAAGAACCGGACAACCUCAUGUCUGAAACGAUAGCCGCCGGCAAAUACACCAGUCUAAAGCGAGCAAUCGAAAGCGAGGGCCUAAACGUGGUCGACACGUACGCCGAAACGAAAUUGGUUGGGUUUGAUUUUGCCAGCAGCCGGAAGCGGAAGUAUGGCAACACCAAAGGAUUCAGUAUAGAGAAUCUGAUAGGCUGCAACGUGGAAGAUAGAUGAAUCGGAACGUAUGUGAAGAACGAUGGUGAAGCAUUUUAAAGCCCCGAUCGGGUUGGCAAUGAUUACGUGUAUAUUUCAUGUAGAAUUUAGAUGACCAUUUUAGAGAGCCAAUCAUGGAAGAGUUGUAUGGCACAAAAGAAAUACUACAUUGUGUAUAUAGAGAUCUGGAAAUGUAAUAAUCCUUUGUGAUGGCGUAAUAAAUAUCUGAGAUUAGAAUUUUAAAAUACAAGCUAAACAGAUGAUUUUGAAAGAAAAUAAAAAAAAAUCCUAAACAGAUGAAAAGAACAAUUCUACGUGAGUAGUGAAGUGAUGAAGAUGAUUUGAUAUGCAAAAGUGUUCCAUUCUCGUCAAUAUUCGUUUUAAUUACUGUAGGAAUAAGAUGUCAUGGAAUAAAAUAUUAACUGUUUAUUUAUUUCUGUGGGUUACGAGUUGGCAGAUUAUUGUUAGUCAGAGAUAAGUGUGUAAAAACAGUCUUGUGCUCGCGCGCGAGCACGCAAGAAUUCAGUCUAAAAAUUGAUGUGUACGUGUACGGUAGUGCGUUGGUUGUGAUCCGCAUUUAGCGGAUUGUUCCGGUGAAUAUUCCGUGAACCGGCCCUCGGUUCA